AUGCCUUCGAGAAUUCCUUCGUCAAACGACCCGGUCUUGCCAGGAAGGGAGCUAUGGGGUACUGAACGAUUUUGGCAUUUCGCGCACCACGAGCAUCAAGGUGCUUUCGAUAUGGUCUCAAUCUUUGUGGUAGAUGUGGGAAGCCGACACUUGAGCAUCGAAGACUGGCGGAAAGCCUGGUCCAAGCUUUACAGGACUUUUGCAGUCCUGUCGCAAAAGAUCUCAGACGACAGUGGAGAAGGCAAAAUCGUGGAUGGAGCUCUGAGAGCGGAGGAGUCCUUCUUUACAGGACCGAUACUGCAAGACGACCAGGACCGGAUCGACUAUUCUCUUCAGCAGCGCCGCUUCGACUGUCUUUCAUUAACUGUGUUCGCAACAAGCGGAACCGAGCACGAAAGCUUUCACCUAGCCAUUUCAAAUCCUCACGCUCUGGGCGAUGCGAAAGGCAUCUUCGCAAUCGGAAAGGCUUUGAUACAGGGUGUCCUAUCGCAAACUCAGGCCGAACUGCAAUCUCCCACCUCCCCACCACCACAGCCAAGCUUAAAAGCAUUCACCACGUCACAUAACCAAGACCUUGGACUGAAAGCCAUGUUCGAGGUAGCAAGGACAGGUUCCUCAAUUGGAUUUCCUAUUCUUCCCAAAGAGACUUCAGCAGAGUUGGAGCCUGCUUCCCGAGAAUGGCGCAGAGUGUUCACUUUCUCCCCCGCCCAGACCGAAACUCUGGUCCAGCUCUGCAAAGCCAAGGCGCUCACAGUGUCAGCUUGGCUUCAAGCAACUAUCUUGCACGCAUUGAUCGAUACGCUCGUGGACGACAAAGGGGACGAGAAAGCCGAACAGACAUUCACGGUUGCUGCGAUGCCGUUCCACUCUCCGCUCAGUGUAUCGGGGGCCACCAGUACGAUCUUUGCCCCAAUUUCGAUUCGAGUUGGAUCGAAGGCCGAGCUGAAUGACAUUGCGGAGGCUGUCGCUGAAUCAUUUGGCCUAGCACGCAGAUUUGCAGAGGACGUGCAGGACGACUACGUGAAGACCCUUCUCAAGCUCUUUGGUUCCGUCCGUCUGGAAACUAGUGUUCCGACAUUCUCAAGCCUUGGACGCUUGGACACGGUUACAGGGUUGAAGAGGUACCAUGUAGUGGCAAGAAACAAUCUGCCGACGACGGGAAUUCACGCCUGGACGCUAAACGAUCAGCUCAAUCUCACACUUUCCUGGGCUCCUGCGAGAUUCAGACGUGACCACAUUGAAAAAUUUUGGUCGACAUGGAUAGGCACGAUAAAAGAGGUGGUUGCCUGA